GCUCUCCCUCCCCCUCCCCUCCCUCAGCUUGUGAUCGCAUCCUUGGUAGGGGCAUCAAAAGCAUCCAGGAGUGACUGAGCUCUCAGAGUUCCAGCGGAAGGAGAACACCACGGAUCUCAGCAAAUGCUCUAAGCCCUCUCCCAGCGCUUGGGGUGGGUUUUGGAGGCUGAGCUGGAGGAAAAGCUCCAGAGAAUCCAGUGAUAAGUAUUUGGCUGUCCUUUUCCCCCUUUCCUGCCUUCAUCUUACUCCAGGACAGAAUGAGAGCACCCAAAAUGUUCCCUUCGGCGGAGCUGCCUCCUCUGCUCUUACUAUUACUGGUUUCAAUCCCUUGGUCACUGAGCUUGGACCCUUUUGGCUUUCCCCUCGCCAGUUCCCCAACCAUGGAGCAGCCCCAGCUCCAGCAGCAGCAGCCCCAGCAGCAGCGUGAGCCACUUAGCUACUCCCGGCUCCAGAGGAAGAGUCUGGCUGUGGACUUCAUUGUGCCCUCGCUAUUCAGGAUCUAUGCCCGGGACCUACUACUGUUGCUUCCAUCGGCACCGGGCGCCAACCUACCCGAGGCGCGUGGUUCUUUGGCGCUGGACUGCUCGCCCCUGCUGAUGCUGCUUCUAAGGCGCCAGGGUGCUUCUAGGACUGCUGCUCUGCCCCAGAUACCACCCGGAGGACGAGUGCUGUCCAAGGUCCUGAAGGGUGGCUCUGUGAGGAAGCUCCGCCGGGCCAAGCAGCUGGUGUUGGAAGUGGGUGAGGAGGCGAUCCUGGAGGGCUGCACGGGGACCUCCACUGGUCCUCCGGAGCAAGCUGCUGUGGCCACGGCAGGGAUGCUAGAGUUCAACCUCACAGAGAUGUUCACUUGGUGGGUUCGCCACGGCGAAGGGCGGCUUCGGAUCCGCCUGAUGCCAGAGAAGAAGGACUCUUUGCCUGGCAGAGAAGUAAGACUGUCUGCAGCAAUCAGAGCCUCCCAGCCUCGUCUACUUUUCCAAAUCAUAAGGAAGGCUCCAAACUCCCUGGAAUCUUCUACAAAGAUCCCUGCUCUCCCUCCAGAGCCCUUUAGCUGGAACCUAACAUGGAUCAUGAAGGAUUCUCCCCCUUUCCUCUCUCAACGUAGCCGAUAUGGUUUCGAGUGCAACUUUGAUUUCCCCUGUGAGCUAGAGUAUUCACCACCACUGCAGGAAGACAGAAACCACUACUGGUCUUGGCGCCACAUCACUUCUGAGGAAGCUUCCCAGAUGAACCUGUUCAUUGGCAGUCCUGCGGAAAUUCACUCUGAGGAGCUGCCCAGAGGUUCUUUCCUUCUCCUCAACACAUCUGAAAACACCAAACACACCAUUCUGAGCCCUUGGAUGAGGAGCAACAGUGAGUACUGCACCAUGGAAGUGUCCGUGUACAGGGACCUCCAAACCUCCGGGAGAUACAUGGCCCAACUCCUACCACACAAUGAAGCUAGGAGAGAGAUCCUGCUGGUUCCAAAUCCAGACACACAUGGCUGGACGGUGCUCCAUGGGAGAAUUGGAUACCUGCAGAGUCCUUUCCGGGUCUCACUGGAAUAUAUCUCAAGUGCCAAUGGGAGCCUAUCCGUGGUAGAUUCUUUGUCUCUGAAGAACUGCAGUGAAGGGAUGCCCCCCAUCUCCAAAAUGGCCCUGAAGAGCUCCUUUACAUGCUGGAAUGGAACAACCAUCCACCUGGGGCAGGCUUGCAACUUUCGGAGAGACUGCACCGAGGGGGAGGACGAGGGAGAACUGUGCAAAAAACUCCCAGAUGGAUUUUAUUGUGACUUUGAGGAUGGAGACUGUGGCUGGAUUCAGGGCAUGGCCAUGCCCCAUACUCCUCAGUGGCAGAUCGGGAUCUUGGAGGAUGUCCCAUUUCCAAAUCACCAAGGCUACACAAUGCUGUUUAACACUAGCAAGGCUAGCCCAGCAGAAACAAUGGUCCUGACCAGCAAAAUAUUUCCUGCACCAAUGAAGAACUCUCCUUGUGAGCUCCAGUUCUCAUGGCUCAUCCAUGGAGUCUUGGAAGGAAACAUCUCCCUAGUGCUGAUGGAGAACAAAACUGGGAGGGAACAAAGCCGGACCAUCUGGUACUUCCCCAACAGCAAAGGUUUAGGCAUUUGGCAUCGGGUGGUCUUACCUCUCCCUGAUGUGUCAGACAGAUUCUGGCUCCAGAUUGUUCCAUGGUGGGAAGAAGGCUCAGGAGCCAUCAUUGCUUUUGACAACAUCUCCCUCAGCCUGGACUGCUAUCUUACAAUUAAUGGGGAGGAGAAAAUAUCAAGGGAUGAAGCUCCCAAUUCAAGCAACCUCUUUGAGAGUAUCUUUAAGAAGUCGCUACCGGAACCAAGAUCACCACAUGGGGAGAACUUCAACUUUGAUCCCACAGUUCACUGGCUGUUCACCACAUGUGGAGCUAGCGGGCCCCAUGGACCUACGCAAACCCAGUGCAACAAUGCCUACAGGAAUUCCAACCUGAGCGUGAUAGUGGGCAGUGAGGGUGCCCUGAAGGGUGUGCAGAUCUGGAGGGUACCAGCCACCGACACAUACAGCAUCUCGGGCUAUGGAGCAGCUGGAGGUAAAGGAGGGAAGAACACUAUGAUGAGGUCCCAUGGUGUAUCUGUUCUUGGAGUCUUUGAUCUAGAGAAGGAUGAGUUCUUAUACAUCUUGGUAGGACAGCAAGGAGAAGAUGCCUGUCCCAGUACUAAUGAAAUUAUCCAGAAGGUUUGCAUUGGAGAAAACAAUGUGAUUGAAGAAGAGAUCCGAGCCAACCAAAGUGUGAAUGAGUGGGCUGGAGGUGGAGGAGGUGGGGGUGGAGCGACCUACAUUUUUAAGAUGAAGAAUGGAAUCCCAGUGCCUCUGAUCAUUGCAGCCGGAGGUGGUGGAAGAGCCUAUGGGGCCAAAACAGAUACAUUCCAUCCAGAAAGACUGGAAAAUAACUCCUCUGUUCUAGGUCUGAAUGGCAUUUCUGGAGCCGCAGGCGGUGGAGGUGGCUGGAAUGAUAACACUUCCUUGCUUUGGUCGGGAAAAUCUUUGCUGGAAGGUGCUACAGGAGGACAUUCCUGCCCCCAGGCCAUGAAGAAGUGGGGGUGGGAGACAAGAGGGGGUUUCGGAGGGGGUGGAGGGGGGUGCUCCUCAGGUGGAGGAGGCGGAGGAUACAUAGGGGGUAACGCAGCUGUGAACAAUGACCCCGAAAUAGAUGGGGAGGAUGGGGUCUCCUUCAUCAGUCCAUUGGGUAUCCUGUACACCCCGGCUCUGAAAGUGAUGGAGGGCCAUGGGGAGGUGAACAUCAAGCUUUACUUGAACUGCAGCCACUGUGAGGUGGAUGAGUGCCACAUCGACCCGGAAAGCCACAAAGUUAUCUGUUUCUGUGAGCAUGGCACAGUGCUGGCCGAAGACGGGGUCUCCUGCAUAGUCUCACCCACCUCUGAGCCUCACCUGCCGCUCUCCCUGAUACUGUCUGUUGUGACUUCUGCCCUGGUGGCUGCCCUGGUCCUGGCAUUCUCGGGCAUCAUGAUUGUGUACCGAAGGAAGCAUCAGGAGCUCCAGGCAAUGCAAAUGGAACUGCAGAGCCCCGAGUACAAGCUGAGCAAACUGAGAACCUCAACCAUCAUGACCGACUACAACCCCAACUACUGUUUUGCUGGCAAAACCACAUCCAUCAGUGACCUAAAGGAGGUGCCACGGAAAAACAUCUCCCUUAUUCGGGGUCUGGGCCAUGGUGCCUUUGGGGAGGUGUAUGAAGGACAAGUGUCUGGAAUCCCCAGUGACCCCAGCCCCCUACAGGUGGCAGUUAAGACGCUUCCAGAGGUGUGUUCAGAGCAAGACGAGCUGGAUUUCCUCAUGGAGGCAUUGAUCAUUAGCAAAUUCAACCACCAGAACAUCGUUCGCUGUAUUGGGGUGAGCCUUCAGGCUCUGCCCCGAUUCAUCCUCCUAGAGCUGAUGGCUGGGGGAGAUCUCAAAUCCUUCCUGCGGGAGACUCGCCCUCGCCCGAACCAGCCCUCCUCCCUGGUUAUGAUGGACCUGCUGCACGUUGCUCGUGACAUUGCCUGUGGCUGUCAGUACCUGGAAGAAAACCACUUCAUUCACCGGGAUAUUGCUGCUAGAAACUGUCUCUUGACCUGCCCUGGACCAGGCAGAGUGGCCAAGAUUGGAGAUUUUGGAAUGGCUCGGGACAUCUAUAGAGCAAGCUACUACAGGAAGGGGGGGUGUGCCAUGCUUCCAGUCAAGUGGAUGCCCCCUGAGGCCUUCAUGGAGGGGAUAUUUACAUCCAAAACGGACACGUGGUCUUUCGGUGUGCUCUUGUGGGAGAUAUUCUCCCUUGGAUACAUGCCAUACCCAAGCAAAAGCAAUCAGGAGGUCCUGGAGUUUGUCACCAGUGGAGGACGGAUGGAUCCACCCAAAAACUGCCCUGGGCCUGUGUACCGGAUCAUGACUCAGUGCUGGCAGCAUCUGCCUGAGGAUCGGCCCAACUUUGCCACCAUCUUGGAGAGGAUUGAAUAUUGCACCCAGGAUCCAGAUGUGGUCAAUACUGCUUUGCCAAUAGAAUAUGGCCCAGUGACUGAAGAGGAAGAGAAGGUGCCCAUGAGGCCAGAAGACCCUGAUAGGAUACCUCCUCUCUUAGUCUCUCCACAGCAAGAGAAAAAAGAGGAUGUGUGUCCACCAUCUGUUCCCCCUCCACUGCCCACCACUUCCUCUGGUAAGCCCUUGAAGAAAGCAAUGGCUCUGGAGCCCCCAGUCCGCAUCACCAGAGGGACACCCAUAGAAGGAGGGCAUGUCAACAUGGCAUAUUCUCAGUCCAAUCCACCAACAGAGCUGCACAAAGGGCGUGGAUCAAGAAACAAACCAACCAGUCUUUGGAACCCCACAUACGGCUCCUGGUUUACAGAGAAAUCUGCAACCAAAAACAAUCCCCUGACAGAGAAGGAGCAGCCUGAGAGGGGUAAAUUGGGGCCAGAUGGACACCCUACCACAGGGCCAGCUAGUGUUGUACCUGGCAGGCUGCCAGGGUCCUCCCUGCUCUUGGAGCCAUCUUCCCUGAGUGCCACCAUGACGGAAGUGCCUCUGUUUAGGCUCCGCCACUUCCCUUGUGGGAACGUCCACUAUGGCUAUCAGCAGCAAGGCUUACCAUUGGAGGCUACUACCACCCCAGCAUCAGGCAGCUAUGGGGAUUCCGUUCUUAGAAACCCAAGUAGCAUGACCCAGCCUGGUCCCUGAGCCUGUUCUGUACUCGCUUCUCCCCCACAGGAUUCUGGAGCCCAUGGAGGAGAGAGUUCAACACAACAGCUCCACCACCAAGCAGAGACCAAAACAUUGCCUUUCAUUUUGUGCCAAUCUGCUCUAAAGUGCCACACACAGAGAGACUGAAUUCUCAAAAUGCACCAGAAAGGAUGUGAGCAUGGGUUCCUCCUACUCUUUCAAAAGAAGAACGUGUCAUUUAAAAAAACAAGUGUUAAAUGCAAGGCCCCAAGUUGGUCGCAUAAGCUCCCAUGCAUGCACGGUCAACAUGCUCCUCCUUAGGCUUGUCAGUAGCGUGCUCUGCUUCGGCGUCAUGUCACACAACUCCCUGCCUGCGUGUUUCAUAGUUUGGCGUCACAGGUGUCAUUUACUUACCUUGUCGAUAUAGACAUCAACCAUUUGAAUGUGGGGGGAGGGGGGAGCAAAUUAUUUAUCUGUUGUGAUUUGGUACAAUGAGGGUCAUCCUUCAUUUGGAAAAGGAAAGCAAGACAAAUAAAACUCGGCUGCCACAUCUUCAGCUGUGUUGGUUCUUCUGAGGGCAGUAAAGGGACGGCGAUAGGCCUGAUAAGGACCAUCACAAACUGUGCACUUUCAUCUCAAUGGAAUACAGACAUUCGGAAGACUGAGUAAGAAAAGACACCAGCAAGAGGGUCAGAGACUGUAACAUCCCUUUACUGUACCUCUUGCCUUAAGAAUAUCUUCCUAAAAGAUGAAAACUCCAAGGUUUUCCAUUGGACUUUAAAACCCAGACUGUCUACUUACAAUAUAAAUAACAAAGCUUUUCCAUUAACAAAGUCUUAGGAUAGUUGAAUGAAGACCAAAAAUGAUGGGCAAAACUGCAGCCACCGUGAUGCAUUUCCAAAGCAUAGAAACAUGGCCACUGAGGGCCAAAUGUGUCAAUAAGUGACAUACCAAAUCCUAGCAAUGCUUUCAGCCACACAGCCUACUAAAGAGAAAUGCCUCAAUUCAGAGCCAUACCCUGGCUUGCAGGAGCAGCAGAAAAUGCAAAAGAAGAAACACUGACGUAUUGAUCUCCUUCCCAGGGCUGGCCUGUUGUUGUUGUUUUUUUGUUUGUUUUAAUUCCUUCCUUCUCUAUCACUUAAUCAUGUUAAACAUGUGAGCAGAACAUUUCUGAAAUAUGCACAGCAUAGUUUUUUGGCUAUAUUUCAGGCAGAAGAAAAAGCAGUUUUGCAUUUUCCUUUGGUGAUAAAAGGCCUAAGGAAUUAGGAAAUAUUUGAGGAAUUGAUCAUAUUAGUGCACCAUGGUUUCCUCAGCUUUGUUUCUAUAGAUGGACAUGACACUGGUGUGACAGUUUGGGAAUUCUGCAAACUCAUCAACCUCUAUUUUUAUGAAAUGACAUUUUAAUUUCCAUUUUUUCAAGGUGUCACUCUAGUCUUCCCUUCACUUCCACAUUUUUCUUCUCCCACCCUCCUCAUUAACAGUCUCUUUCCCUGGUAGCCAGCAUGCCUGGGUACCAUUUUGACCUCCUUUGAGGCAAAAUUUUUCAUUUGUUGCUUGGUAUUAUGCAAAAUGUCAAUAUUCUCUUUUCCCUUUCUGGUGUCCACUCUAACCCUAGUCAAGCCUGAACAAAAGUAAUGUUUAAUGGAUGUUUGACUAAGGGGUGCAUCGCAGUGCUUGAAGGGAAUGCUAACCAGCUGGAAAACUGCUCAUUUCUCCUAAUUUGAGGUUAAUCACCUACAAAAUACCCUGGACACCCUCCCUCUUUCCCCACUACUUAUUUAUGAUUGCGGGAGAAACAAAACCACUAUAAGUAUAGCAUAGAGAUGAAAAAAUCAACACCAAAGUCUUUGAGAGCUCUCACAACUGCACUAAAGAUAGACUAGAAUGGAGGCUACAGCCAGUCCAAUAAUGGGUGUGGAAAAAAGGCUUCCAUUUGAGAACAUCCAAGGGUAGUUAAACAGGUACAAUAAUAACACAUUUCCGACAGCUGCACUUGAGAGCUACACCCAAAACUGGGCCCUUUUCUAGUCUUAAAAAUCUAUUGAUCUACUGAGGUUCAGAAGAAACCCAACUCACUGAACUACUGCAGCAGCUCAUUGGAGCCAGUUCAACACCCAAAAGAGAUGAUCUCAGGAAGCUUCAUGUGGCCUCUGGGUGCUUCCCAAGAGUACUGGCUUUACCCAUUAGUCUCAGCUUAGUUUGAUUGAUUUUGACCCACCCCUACUUAAGAGUCCUUUAAAAACAUAUCCAUAAAAGUUGUAAUGAGUGUGGAGAAUUUCCAAGUCAAAAUGUUUGGUUUUUUUCCCCCAACAAGCCUAGGGAUAGUUCUGAUAUGUUCUUCUGUCCACUCAUCACUCAACCCAUCUAAGCAGUUGUUCAAGCCAUAUUUUACCUCACCUGUCAAAAAUGUAUUUGAGUACAUGCCUCCCUGGACGCAGGGCCCUACUAACACUAGUACUGGAUUCUUUUCAACCUAAAAAAGAGACGUAAUCCACAUUUCCAAAACGUUGCUUUAGACUCACACCUACCAUUAGGGUAGUACAAAUGGCACUUGUCCAGGAGUCAAGAAACCUUAAGUCUAAUCCUGCUUCUGCCAAUAACAAGCUAGGAGAAAGGAAAUCUCAAUCAAAAGAUAUGUUUCCUUUUCAGCUUUGCUUUAACAUAUUCUGUGAAUCCUAUGUAGCUACUUGCCAGUGACCUCUAUUAACCUCAGAGAGUAAUUCCCAUAGCCAUCCUCAAAGGAGACCCCAAUCUAAGAGAAUGGGUGUCUUUCAUGAUAUCUCAUAUCCCCAGGAAUGGCAGUGUCACCAUUUUAGAUACUAGAGGUAUUGUGACACGCCAACAGAACAUUUUACACAGUGUCCGGUCAACCUGUCUUUACUAGUGACUUUCCAAAAAAGACUCCACAGAAAUUAAAAGCUGAUUGGCUUCAUUUCCUAGUAGCAAAUGAUGUUCUGUCUUCUUUUGUGGGAGCACACAAAAUAAAAAUGAAGAGUUGCCAUCUCAACCUGCUGCCCUAAAAGGAAGGAUAAUUACUGAGAGCAAAUAGCUAAGUUUCUAUUAAGAGCCCAUUUUCACUCUGUGUCCUAUAUGGGCAUGUUUAAUUUUUAAUAGCUUCUCAAGAACAAAGAUUUAUUUUUAACUCUAUUCAUGGCUUUAGAAAACAUUUUAAAAGCUUGGUAAGAAGAGCCAGCCAUCUUUUAAAUACUUAGUAAGGGAAAAGUAUAGACCAGUCAGUGAACUAAGAAAAAGUUUUUUCUCAGUCUAACAAGAAUCCCCCUUGACAACCUACAUGAAAGGCAGCAAGAAUAACAGGAUAGCCGAAUGGAACCAGAAGACCAGAACUCUAGUCAUCGCUCUUGCUAUUUGCUAGCUGUAUGACCAAAGGCAAAGUAAUUCAUGUCUCAGAGGUUCAGUUUUCUCAUAUAUAAAACAAAAGUUAAGACUAGGUGACCUUUAUGGUCUCUUUCACUUCUAAAAGUAUCUUAGAUUGCCUGUAAUCAAAAAGUCAUAUGUAUCUGAGUUAGUCUAUCCAUAGAGACAUUGCACAUUGAGACGAUUUGGAAUAAAAUCUAUGAUCAGGAUUUUCCAUGUCCUUGGCUGUUGAUUCAGAGUAAGGGCUAAAGCAUAAUAUUAAAUCAUUAAAGGAAACGGAUUUGAUUCCUAUACAGUCUAGACCAGGUGGCUUAUAACAGACAAAUUUUGUUCCAUGGUUUUGGAGCAAGGAACUUCCUAAUAAAAUCCAGCAACAUGCAUUGAGCACUUACUGUCUGCACUCUGUAAAAGAGAGCUGGAGAGACACACCAAAGAAUUUUAAGACAUGACCCCUACCCUCAAGGAACCUAAAGUCUAGCAGGCAAGAAAGGUUAGGUUAAAUAUACACACACACACACACACACACACAUGCAUGCAUACAUAUAUAUGUAUAUACAUUUACACAUACACACAUACCCAUAUACAAACACAUCUAAUAAUGGCAGGAAGACAGCUAUACAAAUGCAAACUACUUAUUUAUAUGGACCUAGCCAUUGAAUAUACAUAAGUACUAAGAAAACGCUUAUGUGAACAGAGAGUAAAACUGCAUCAGUUUUACAGGUCUCAUGGAUUAAACAAGGCUGACAAGGGGGAAAGGAGAAGUCCAAUUUAAUGAGAAAAUAGCAGUCCAGCCUCUGAGGGAUCAUCAUUAUUUCUCUCUUACCUAUAGGCCAUCAAAAAUGGGACACUGCCACAAUAGCAACCCUAUUUGAAGUCAAAUUGAAACACUAUUAUUUUUCCAAUUAGAUAUUCACUUUUAAAAUCUACUUUAAAAAUCUGUUGUACUUGCUCAUAUAGGAAGCAACAAGGUAUGAUGGAGAGAACAAUGCUGUGAGAGACCUUGGCUUAAAUCAACCCUCUAGGGGCAGCUAGGUUGCACAGUGGAUAAAGCACUGGCCCUGGAUUCAGGAGAACCUGAGUUCAAAUCCAGUCUCAGAUACUUGACACUUACUAGCUGUGUGACCCUGGGCAAUUCACUUAACCCUCACUGCCCUGCCCAAAAAAAAAAAAAAAUCAACCCUUGAACACUCACCUAGAUAAUCUUGAGCAGGUCAGUUGACCUCCUUAGGCAUCAGUUUCCUUGUGUGUAAAUUGGCCUCUGAGGUCCCCUACAUCUAUAAAUCUAUGAUCUUAUAUAUUUUAUUCUUAAAGAUCAACAUAGAAACUUUUAGGUGACCUCCCUUGAGCUGUACAGUAAGUGCUAAAAUAAACCAGAUGCCUAGGACCAGAAGGCACCUCUGGGAUAUAGCAUCUUCCACCAUCAUAGUGGCUGUGUUGUCUGUGACCAUUGGAAAGCACCCAAAGUGACAGGAAUAACAAUCAGUAACCUCUCCCAGAAGUCACAGUUCUGAGGUGAACGUCUGUCCUUAUGUUUCUACAGACAUCAAACUACAGAAUCAAUUGGAUGAUGCUCCUUAGAAGUCACUCUGAUGACAAUUAUAUUUAUUUGGGAGCUCUUGGGGACUUUUUCAUGGAUCCCCUCCGAAAAACUAACAGCUGCCCAAUAGGUAAAUUUCCUCAGUACAUCUAAUAAUAUAUAUGGCAAAUUUUUAAAAGUUCACUUAAGCCUAACUCUUCCUUUACAUUUUAAGAAGCAGCACUAUUAUCUGAAGAACCGGUGUACCUCAGGACACAGUUCAUUCUAACAUCCCUAAGAACUAAGGCUGUGGCCCUGCUUGACAAGGGACCUUAAGAGAGAGAUUUUUUAGUGGUUACACAGCACACCAGUAUUAAAGUCAGGUCUCCAGUAUCUCAAGCCAUUAACUGUACAGCCUAGAUUUCUUUCUGAGACAAAGAAGUAGGAAGAAAUCUUUUGAAAUAACCAUCACAGUUCCAAUUCUGUCUUUUGCAAUGUGAUGGAAUUACUACCAAGAUACAUUUUUCACUGGCAGUUUAAGGAAAGAGGUUACCAUAUCACCCUGCGGCUGGGCCUACUGUCUAGAUGAAGGGAUAAUCACAGUCUCCCAAACUGUCAUUAUGGUACUACACAUGGCCAUUAAAACUCAUUUUACAUCUCUUUUUUAAAAGACUUUCUUGUCCAAAAGUAUUCACUAGUAACAGCCUUCCUUCAUUAAAAACAACAGUGUGGGAGCAGGCUCUUGUCACUGCCACUGCCUUUUAGGAUGACUUUCAAUUGAGCCUCCUGAAUCCUAUGUGAAGGGUCUGCAGUCUCCUCUAUCACUUAACCCUGGCUCUUUUCUCAUGGUGGGCUGACACGAUGUAUGACUGGAAAGGAAAACAAAACUAUCAUUUUGGUUUUCAAACGGCUCAGCCUCCUUUUAGGUAAAGCCAUAAAGGACUCAAAGUUCAGAGAGCACAGUCUCAGUAAGACAGACAUGUGACCAGCAGAACACAGAUGCCCAGAGCUUAAUCACCCUCCAGAUGCCAAGCGAGAACACAUGGAGAAGGCUGAAAGCAUCACUGACGUACAUGCUAGGGAAAGCAAGGAUUUGUAGCUGCUGGAGUUUGAGUCCAGGUAGGGUGGCAUGCAUGCACAUACAUAUGUUUUGUUUACACUUACACACACACACACACACACACACACACACACACACACACGCUUGAAUGGUGUGUAAAAUGCAUGAAUCCAAACAACAUUCUUCAGGCUAGACUGAUUUCUGAUGGUAGGAAUAGGCUUCAAAUAGAUUUACAAGCAGUGUACACAACCCAUUCUGUUUCUUAAGUGGUGCCAGUUAUCAUAGGUAGCAGGUGACAUUUUUGGCCAACAGUCUUUCUUUAACAACCUGGAAAUACAAUUCUCACUAUCCCCUAGAGUUAGAAAUCACCCUCAGCUCUUCUGUCCAAAAUGUGCAGUCACACAGAAUUAUAUACAAGCACAAUAACAAAUACCGGCUAUGUUGUCAUCGUGAAGAUAUUCUGUUAGGACACAUUCUCAAGAGAAGAGGCGGUCGGAAAGCUUUUUAUUCUCCUCCUUAUGCCUUUUUCCACUAAGGGGGAGGCUGUAAGAAGCAGGUCAUGGGCUUGUCUCUACCUUACAUGAUGAGAUUCCUUUAUUUGCUCUCCACCGCCCUAAAUUCCUCCCCCUCAAAUGGCCCCCAACCCUUCCAACAAAAGCUUUAGCAAAAAAAUUCAGUAGAAAACCUCCUUUUGCUUAUGCAAAGGUAUCUUGCUGCUCUGCUUUUAAUAAAAUCUUAACUUGUCCUGCUUAAUUUAUUCAGACCCACCCUACAGAGAAGUUUCCUGGGGUUGUCUGUUGUAUAUACAGCAGCUUAUGUGACAUUGUUUAUAAAUAAGGGCCUAUGUACUUCAGGGAUACUAUGAUGAGACAAAUAAUACUAAUAAUAUAUAUGGUAAUAUGAGUUUUGUAUUGACUAUUGUAUUUGUAUUGUAACCAAGUGUAGUGAAACAAAAGGCAUGAAGAAUAAUGAAAAAAUA